UAAACAAAUAAACAUUAUUGAUUGUUUUAAAUUAGCAGCUUAACUUAGAGUUGGAACAUUUGCAUUCGUCUACUGAAUAAUGAACUCCUUGUUGUUUUGUUGCGGUGGUUAAAACGGUUUAAACCCCAGAAAUGGCGGGAGGAGGACUUCCAGAAGAUGUUGCAGACGAACUUCAGGCUUUACAGGCGAUCUACUGCGGCGAUGGCGAGUUCUGCAUGCUCAGCGAGCCAGAUGCGAGGGUGCCCAUGUUUUGUGUCUCAACAAAAUGCCGCGGUCUUCACGACACGAUAUCGCUAUCCGCUUCCUUCACGCUCCCCGAGGGCUAUCCCAGGGUGCACCCCGACAUCUCGCUGUCGUCGGCGAGCCUUUCACGCUGCGCCAUCUCCAGACUGAAACAGGAACUUUCCACCCACGCCAGAACUUUACCCGAAGCACCAAUGGUGCUACAGUUGAUGACAUGGCUGGAAGAACAUAUCCCAGAAACUGAACAGGCCACAGAGGUAUGUAGUACUACACCUAAGCAGUGCUCCUCUCAGAGGGAGGUUCAAGAAGACUUGUGGUUGACGUUGCUCCAUCUGGACCACAUGAGGGCACGUGGGAAAUAUGUCAAGACGAUUGUGAAGUGGACUAAGGAGCUGUCGUUGACAGGCAGACUACUGUUUCAGGAGAGACUGAUACUCAUACUGCUGCUGGGCUCACUCCAAAAUAUCAAGGAGUACAUCACUCGGCAGCGAACACGGAGUGUGGACGUGGACUCGGCCGGCCGCAGCUGUAAGGAGAGGAUGCUGACAGUUCUGUGGGAGGAGAAAGUCCAGGAGGGAGCAGUCAGGUUCCCUCAGUUUGAAGUGGUGGAGUGCAGGACUGUAGAUCAGCUGAAGGAGCAGUUCACAGGCACAGUACUAGCAAGAGUUUACAGGGAACAUGUCUGUUCCCUGAUGCUGAAAUAAAGAAGUCACUGACUGGAACUGUCAUGGAGCCAUGAUUACAAUUACCAGAGUUACCAACCCUAAACAUUUCAGGAUUCGAAAAACUGGCACUCACACUCUAGACAUGGCAAGUAAUGGUUUCUGUGUGAGACUUAUCGGAGAUGCUGGGUUGCCUAAUGCAAAGUACUGAACUGUGUCCUGCCACAGCCAGCAUGUGAGCGAUACAUCUACAGGUGGCCUGGCUUUAAUACAGCUUUGCCUCAUAAAAUAAACAGCCAGGGUUGGUGGCAACCUGAAAUAUUGAUGAGCAACCUAGCUUUUGGCUUUGUUGCUUCAUCGAGUAGUUCCCUUCUACCUCUAUGGUUGCUUCAGAGAGGUGUGAAAUGUGAAAUCUUGGUUGCUUAGUGGGCAACCUGAGAAAAUAAAGUAUUUCAAACUCGAAAAUGAUAAGUGGAAAAAGAAAAUUAGUUGCAAUAUCAUCUUUACAGUAAAUCAUUAUCAUCCCCGUUGCAUAGCUUCCAUGUUGCAUUUAUGAAGUAGCCUGCUAGGGGGCUCUUCUGACUUUUCAAGUGCUAGCAACAAGUACAAAUGUAAUACAAAGCUUUUAGCAAAUGACUUUAGGGAAGUUUUGUUUGUUGGUACCCAUGUAGCAUUCAUAGUCCAGUGGCUAGCAACCCUGUCUCUGGACUAAG